AUGAAAGCUAUAUCAAUCUGUGCAGUUGCUACAUGUUUUGCCUGUCUCAAUUCUAAUCCAAUCACAAAGACGGACUUUGGAGUAACUGUUGACGUAGUCGCUCAUGAUGUAACAAUACUACUGAAUUAUCUCAAUUUAACAUUUCAAAAAGAGUCGAAGCAUCUGACAGUGAAAUUGCAAAGCCGUGAAAAACAGCUAAAUUGUACAUUUUCAAAUAAAAACGACGACGAUAAGAUUAAAUGGAUAUUUUGUGCAUAUAAUGCAAUUUAUGACAUACUGCAAAGUAUCAGAGACAAAUAUGGAUUAAGUUUUGAAACUGCUGAGAUAAUUACGGCUCAUAUAACAAAGAUUUUGUGCGACUUUAAGUUAUAUAUAAUGCAGCUUCAGAAUACAGACGAUGAUAUAGUUAAAAGUUUACCGGGAUGUCCAAGUAGGAAAUGUAAAGAAAAAGAACUUAAAAUGCGGGAAAUGAUGCAGUCAUUGAGAGACGCAAUAACUAUAGUCGGAAGCAUAAAAAAAAGUGUUCGACAAGUUUUUGAAGUUGAUGAAAUGAAGGAAGAUAUUUUAAAAUCAACUGUACAAAACGUUAUUCAAACAACAGUGCAUAGUAUCACACAGGUAUCUACGAAUUCUGUAAUGUCUACUACUGACAAAGGCAUAUUAGAAAAUGUGACUGAUGCUUCAUUAAAAGACGCAAAUGUAACUGCAGAGAACAAUGUAAGCAAUAGAAAAGCACAUCGAUCUAAAAGAAUGAGAAAAAAUAAGAAAAAGCGAAAAAAUCGCAAAUGUAGGAACAGAAAAGGAAAAGACGAAGUUCGCAAAUGUAAAAGGCGUAACAGAAAUAGGCGGAAAAAUAGAAAAGGCAACAAACUAAACAGAAAACACAGUCGAAGAAAUAGAAGAAGAAAGAAUUUGAAAAAUAGGAAGAAAAAUAAAAACAGUUCUUCAAGGAAAGAUAAAAGAAGAAACAAAACAAAACAUUGAUACUGCUUGUAAGAUUUCGUUUAUCUUCAAAUACAAUUGAUCCUCAAUACUAGUCAAAAGUGAUUUGCAUUUAACCACAAAAAUAUAGUCAAAUAGUUUACUUUUAUAUAUAUAUGAUUGUGACUCUAGAAUUUCAUUUACUUAUCUAUUGCAUUUCGAAAAUCUCAAAAACAAUGUGUUCUGAAUUAUAAGGUGCAUAUAAUGUUCAUUAUUUUUAUUUUUAUAGACUGCUAAUAUGAAUAUGUAUAUACUUUUUGUAAAAAAAACUUUAUUUUAAAAAUUUUACUUUCUGUAAUUAUUACCAAUGUGUUGUAUGUUAUAUAUUUUUUUAUAAAUAUGUGUUCAAAUAAAAUAAACACAGUGCAAAUCCUGUCAAAGGAAACGAUAUCUUGACGAAUAGAAGUCUUAAAGCGAUUUUCCCCUUAUAUUUAUUUUAUAAGAAAAGUUCAAAAUAUCAUUGAAAUAGGUUAGAUUUUACCAUAUUUUUAUAUGUUUCUGGAUAUGCGAUCGAACUUUAAAAACCCAAAGAUUACUCUGGACCAUAAAUAUGUCCGAAUUCCAGUAAUGGGUUUUGGUAAUUCUUCGAUUUUUAUCAUGAGAGUGAAAAAAUGGAAAAUCGUCAUUUAUCUGUAUUUGUGAAGGACACAAGUUGCAUUCUGACAGUUAUGGAAUUCAUUUUCUAUGGUAUGUAGAAAAGAAAUAGUUUUCAUAUUUUUGUAAUCCAGUUAGGA